UGGCAGGUGUUAGUACGUGUGUGUGUGUGUACGUGUAACAGGUGUUGUUAGCAGGUGUUGUGCUCCCUCACGCUCACUCUAGAACACCACGUUGGCAUUAUAUGUGGCACGAGUGCUGGCUUUUAUUAGUUAUAACUGCUAUCAUUGUUGAAGUCAAGUCAAAUUUUAUUUCACAAAAAAUUCCCGUGGUGUUCAUUCAUUUCUGCAAUCACAUAUUAUCAUAUAUUUCUUAGCGAGCCCUUUGUAACAGGGAUUAUAAUUAUUCUCAUAUUUUAUCUCUACUUUUUCCCUUAGAAAAUUCUGAAUAUAGGAGUUUUCUGACACUGUUUUUCGUGCGAGAAUUGGUUAUAUUUUAGAUUUGAGAAAUGGGAGUAAUGCCAAAAUUGAAGGCAAUGUCAGUCCUUUCAGAUGCCUCACAUUCUUCAAAGAUGAACCUGGGAGCCACGAUACGCAUAAAUAAAUUUGGUGUGGGCAUCAUCAUGGCCACUGUGGUCAUGGUGAUCAUGAUGUACAGGUAUGGACAUUCAUCGAGCCUGACCAGGAAAUCAUCGAUGGUGAGCCUGAAGAACCUGCUCUCAGCUGCCAUAGACUCUGCUCAGCGAGGUGGUAAAAUAGUAUAUGAUAUUCGUGAAACAGCUGACUUACACGUGAAAAGCAAGGGCAAAACCAAGGAGGGAGCAAAUGAUCCAGUUACUGAUGGUGACAUCAAAUCCCACUUGACCAUGUUCUACUCCCUAAAAAAGAUUUUUCCAGAAGUGGAGAUUAUAUCUGAGGAGCUUGAUUCCAGCAAUUUGGAAUCCUCGUCUGUGCCACCAGCUGCACAAUACAACUAUGAAGUGAAUAGUGUUAUCACUGAUGACAUCAUCGUACCUGUUAAAGAUGUUAAAGUGUGGAUUGAUCCUCUUGAUGCUACUCAAGAAUAUACAGAAAACUUGAGAGAGUAUGUGACAACAAUGGUGUGUGUGGCACUGAAAGGUCAUGCAGUAAUUGGAGUUAUUCAUAAACCAUUCAUCAACUUUACUGCAUGGGGAUGGGCUGGGAAAGGAAUUUCUCCAAAGCUUCAUGUAUCUGGAACCCAGGGAGGCCCAAAAGAUGACAUUCCGCAAAUUAUUGUGUCUCGAUCGCAUGCUGGAGAUGUGAAGGACAAAGUCAAGGCUGCUUUUGGGGACAAAACUGAGGUUAUUCCAGCUGGUGGUGCAGGAUACAAGUCACUUGCAGUCAUAGAAGGAGAUGUCGAUGCUUACAUUCAUGUAACUAUGAUCAAGAAAUGGGAUAUUUGUGCUGGUAAUGCCAUACUAAAUGCCGUCAAUGGCAACAUGACGACCUUGGAUGGUUUACCAAUAGAUUACAGCAGCCGGGAGGAGUACACUAAUGAAGGAGGUGUGCUGGCCACUCUGUAUAAUUACAAAUACUAUUUACCGAAGCUGCAAAAUCUAAGAAGUAAAAGCUUGCAUUAAAAUAUCAAUAUCAUAUUUAAUGUUUUGAAUAUUUUAUUUAUGUAUGCAAGAUUUUAAAUUGGUUAAUUUUGUUUGUGAAUUCAUUUUAUUUAUUUUCUUCUAGAUUUUAUGAAAAACUGGUGGGUCUGAGCAUGUCAUAUUUAUUUUUUGUAACAUUUUAUCAAAGAUUUCAUCUUUGCAGAAAAUAGUUUAUCUAUGUAGAAUAGUUAAAAUAUUAAAACAUUUGAAUUUCAAGAUCAUUGGAGUUAAUUACUGUACUAUAUACGUAUAUGUAUACUGUAUAUGUAUAGUAUAUAUACAAUUGAACCUCCCAAAUUCAUUGGUGCCCCUUGGCCUGGUGGCUAAACAUAAGAACAUAAGAAAGGAGGAACACUGCAGCAGGCCUGUUAGCCCAUACUAGGCAGGUCCUUACAAUUCAUCCCACUAACAAACAUUUGACCAACCCAAUUUUCAAUGCUACCCUAAAGCUCUCGCUUCACACAGUGAGGGUCCAGGUUUGAUUCCCAGAAAGGGUGGAAACAGUGGGCACGUUUCCUUACACCAGUUAUCUGUUUCCCAUCAGUAAAAUGGGUACCUGGGUGUUAGUGGAUUGGUGUGGGUCACAUCCUGGGACAAAACUGACCUAAUUUGUCCGAAAUGCUCUGCAUAUCAACCUGCUUUCUGUAUAGUACUACAGUGGAACCCCGAGUUUCGAACUGCUCCCAACUCGACCAGUUAUGUAAGUGUAUUAUUGCAAGUGCUUUUUUAAGUGUAUAUUUGGGGGUCUGAAAUGGACUAAUCUAAUUUACAUUAUUCCUUAUGGGAAUAAAUUCGUUCAGUAAUGGCACUCGAACAGCCUUCUGGAAUGGAGAAAGUUCGAAACUCAGGGUUCCACUGUAUGUCAUUGAUGUCAGCUAGGCCUGUAUACCUUUUAUGUAUACUUGUAGAAAUAAAAUUAUUAUUAUUAUUAUUAAUAAUAUGUAUUGUUUUAUUAUUAUUAUUGGGUUUACAAUCUUAGAGGUCCCACAAAUUAAGAAUCAGACUGUCUGUUAGUUGUUCGGUUAUAAAUUUCCUGUUAUAUAUUUUUAAAAAAUAUCAGACAAGACACAAAUAGAUACAUAAACUAAGAAAGCUCAGAAAACAAGGAUGACAAAAGCACAUGUUCGGUUGGAUGUGCAGCUUCGUUCAUUUAGCAGUUUUAAAUUAUUAUUAUAAUCAAAAAGAAGCGCUAAGCCACAAGGGCUAUACAGCAGCAGUUUUAAAGAAUUAUACAGUGAGGGAGGUGUACAAUAACGCCGACUGUCCACCAUUCCCAAAUUAUGAAAUUAAUAUUUCAUGAUUGUCCGGUCGUCUUCUGAAGUAGGUGCUUCUCGACUUAAAUUGGGGUUACGUGCCAAUGAACCCAUUGUAAGUUGAAAAUAUCGUAAGGCAAAUAUGAAUGUGAUAAUUACUGUAAAUCAAUAAAUGAUGACUAUCACUGAAUAAGUAAAUUAACUAACUAAAUACGUACUAGUAUUGAAAAGUAAAUAAAUGAAUACAAGUUUAUCGUAUCAGUUUGAUAAUGCCUGAAUGUGCAUCACCAUGUCAUCGUUGUGAAGUUGAAAUAUCAUAAGUCGAGCCAUCAUAAAGAGUGGAGCAUCUGUGGUGGACUUGGUCCGCUGAUGCAAAGACAAUCGGACACUAAAAAUACGGGUAUUGUAACCUGUAGUACUACAUUAUAGUACUGUACUGUGUAGUAAUUUUUAGUACUCUAUGUAAUUUACAGUAAUUUUACUUACCAUUGCUAACAUUAAGUAAAGUCACAUAAACUGCUAUAUUCAACACACUGGCUGGAGAAAAUUAAGAAACUAAAAAUUAUGAGACUGAAUAACAUGAGUGAGCACAAAUGUUGAUGAUGGUGGCCUACAGCUCAGGAACAGUGAAAGCAGACAGGUCCUGGACCUGGCCAUUAUGGCCCAUUCCAGAAAAUCUCAAGAGCUAACAGACUUGGUUCGAUACUUCAGAGGACAACCAAACGUUUCAUUGUGGACAGAAUGUAGAAUUACAGACUUGUCCAUUCUGUCUGAUAGCAUUUAUCUGGCAAUUUUUUUUUUUGUCCGAAAUUGCUAUGAGAGGUUUUACUGUAUAUUUGAAUACCUGAUAUUUUUCAUUUGGCUUGCUGAAAAAUACAUUUCAUGACCUACAAGUUUUUAGAUGUUUACUCAGGUAUUAUUCCUUCACUUUUUGUUUAAUUGAGUCAUUUGAUUGUGGGACCAUAAUACAAUAAAAAUUGUAAUUUACAUUAUUAUUAUUAUAGUCAUGGGGAAGAACUCAACUUGUAGAGGUCAUAGUGAUUCAGGAAGAAAGGGUAAUUAGUUUUGAGCCUGGGAAGGAAUGCCAAUCCCUUGGAUCAAGAACCUUCACCAGGUUUUGUAAAUGACAACUUAGUACUGUCAAGGUGGUGCAGCAACAUUACAAAGUGAGUAUCAUUGAAACAGUGCAUUGUUAUGUUAUUAUUAUAAUCAUGGGGGAGCACUAAACCCAUUGGAUUAUACAGCGCAUGUGGGGGGGAGGGAAUGGAAGGUAUUCAGACUCAGUUCAGGGAAUCGAAGCACAGAUCCAAUUCCCUAGAUCAAGAGCCCCUCACCAGCAUCAGAGAACUCCCUUGAGGGGUGCAUUGUUAUAAUUUCUAGAUUCUAUAAUCAUAUUUUUGUCUAAAUAUUAUCAAUAGAAUUAAUUGCUGUAGCUUAUCUCAAACUUCCAUUUUAGUGGUCUUCCAUAUUUUCUUAAAAUGAAUAAUGUCAAGAUAUUUUCUUAAUAUAAACUUAUGAUUAAAAUGGAAUGUAUAGCAUUUUUAUGGGAUACAGUUUCAUUAAAUUAUGGUUUAAUCUUCUCAUUGGUCAUUCUGUACUGGAAGGCAAUUUUAUGGUUGAAAAUUUGUGUAUCAUUAUAUUUAGGGAGAAGCGUUGAACCAGUAGGGCUCAUACUGUACCUAGGAAAUUGGAGGCAAUCUCAUAUGAUCUAAGGAAGGGGAGGACAAAUCCUAUUUCUUGGAUCAAGAGCCCUCAGUGGCAUCAAGGAACCUUGUGGGGAAGUUCCUGAAAAUUCUUCAGAUGACAGUCAAGAGUAGUUAACCUGAUAAAGAAAGUUGUAUUAUGAUUAAUAUCACAGAUAAGCAAUAUUGAUAAUACAGUCAUUGGAUACAUUUCUUGAUGAUCUGUAUGACUGAAAAUCAGGUAUUGUGGUGGAAGAUCAGCGGCUCAUAAUAAAGAUACCCUGACUGUAUGGUGCUCGAAACAAGACAGGGUAUAGUGUUGAACAUUAUAUGGUAGCUAAGUGUACAAAUAUAAAAAAUCUAUAGAGCAAUUAGUUAUUUUCAUUGCUUUAGAGAAAUUUUCAAGUCUUAAAGAAUGCCAUUACUUAAGUUUUUUACAGCAUUUUGAAGUUUGUUGUAGUUUUCAGUAUACAUCACUGUACAUUGCACUGACAUAAAAAAAAUUAAUGACUCACUGGUUAUUGAUUUUUUUUAUACUCAGACCCAUUGAAUAUACUAAUUUACACAUUUCACUGUUGUUUUCACCACAGCAUUUCAAGUUUUUUUUUUUUUUUUUUUUUUUUUUUUUUAAAUUGUGAAUGUAUUUGCUCUAACCUACUAUAUCGAUGUCUUUGAAUUUCCUAUCAAUUUGAAUACAGUAUACAGUUGGUAAGAUUGAUCACAUGCAAAGAAAUUAAUUUUGUUGAAUCAGUAUUCAGUCAGUCAAGAUUCAUUUUAACAAACACUAUACCACUAAUUGGGUCCUACAGAAGUUCUCUAGAUGGUUAAGUAUGAAGUUAAACAUCUACAAGCAGAACAUUUUAUUAAUGGAAUUGUUAGCAUUAUGUGCAAUCAUGGUAAUUGAGUUUUUUUCAGUAUAUCCUAACCAAAGAUUAUUAUGUUGUGUUUUUUGAAGUGCAUAUGAGAGAUUAUUUGUUUGUGAUUACCUAUUUGUAGCUACAGGAAUAGACCUGUGUUUGUGAUUUUGAAUUUCACCAGUCAUAUGCUGUAUCUGAAAGCUAUUUUGAAGUUUGGCAGUACAGCCUCUCCUCACUUGACAGGGUUCUGUUCCUAAGUGUAGGUCAGUAGUGGAUUUGUCACCCAUCUUUAGAUAUUUUUUAAUGUAGGUUUGUCACCCAUCUUUAGAUGUUUUUUAAUGUCACCUUUGCACUGUUUAUAACAUUUUUAGAUGUUUAUACGGUAGUGUACUGGAUACUGUAAUAAACAGAAUAGAGGAAAUCAGCUCUAAUAUACAUUACUUAGGUUUGUAUACUGGUUGGAGAGCUGGUCAUAAGUUUGAAUACAUUGCUAAGUGAGGAGAGGCUGUAUAGCAUAUGAAUUAAAAUUAACUGUGCAAUCUGGUGACAAUCUCUUACUUAAAGUUACUCAGAACUUUAAAUAUCUUUUUACACUAUAUAUAUUCCUCAUAUAAUUUUUUUUUCAUUGCCAUUAUUUGGCAGUUACAGUGGACCCUCGAAUUUCCUCAUCCCUUUCCUGUAUGUAAAACUAUACUUAUUCUCUAUAAGAUGUAUUUUUUGUUAAUAUUUCCCAUAAGAAAUAAUGUAAAUCCAAUUAGUCCAUUCCAGACACCCAAAAAUAUUAACAAAAAAUACAUUUUAUAGAGAAUAACUAUAGUUUUACAUUCAGAAAACGGAUGAUGAAAUUCAAGGGUCCACUACUUGUUCAGCUUAUUUAUAUCUUCUGGUAGAGACCUGAAGUUUUACACCAUUUUGCACUUAAUUUCUACAUCUGCAUACAUGUUCAUAUAGUUAUUGUACACGAAUGGUAUACAAUACUGUCUAAUUUCCAUAUGGUUUUUACUUCUGAUAUGUAAUUUAUGUAAAUUAGAAUUAUUUUUGAAUUGGUACUAAUCCUUGUUUUUCUAAUCACUAUUUUCAUUUUUGACAAUCUCAUUCAUUGUAAUAGUUUUCUAUUUACUUAGUUAUUCUUGAGGGAAUAUCAAAGGCAUUUUUAGAAAUCAAAAUAUAUGCAGUCUGCUCAUUCAUUACUUUGUUUCAAGACUUCUGUAACUCAAAAGAACCUUAGUAUAGUAGGUUUGAUAUACAAAUGAUCCUGAUCUAAAACAGAACAGUUCUGUACAGUGAUUAGGUUUUUUAGUUUUAACUUGUUAAGAUCUAGUUCUGAGUGCCAUUUUCAGCUCUGAACUUUAUCUUGGCUAUGUUUUAGGUGCAGACAUUUGCAGCACUGCGUACUAUUUUAAUUUUUACCUAAAGUACAGUGUAAAAAUUGUUUUUUAGCAUUUUCCCAUCCCUGCUAUUUUAAAAUUUGCCAUUGUAGUACAGAGGUGUGUACAAUUCAUUUGCAUCUUCCAUUAACAUUUUAUCCACACUGAUUCCUAGAUCCUUUUGAGGGUUCAGUACUCGGCACAAUCAUUUCUCAUGUUGCCUGUUUUUACUCUUUCCAUUUCCAUUACUUGAUAUUAUCUACAUUUAAUUCCCUUAUUCGUUUUACUUAAUUUGUUAAAUUUGUCUUCUCAUAGGCAUUUAUAGUAUUUACUUAAUUUGUUAAAUUUGUCUUCUCAUAGGCAUUUAUAGUAAUUGCAUAUUUUCCUCAAGAUCUUUACAUCUGCAAACAUUGUUUUUAUGGACAAUACCUUCUAACAAGUUUUAUGUAUAAAUCAGAAACAUUAUCAGGAGUAUUAUAAUCAAUCAUUGUCAUGAUAAUCCCAUAAGGGAUUAUCACAAAUAUUGAUCCUUUUGGGACCCUUAUAAUGACACUUUUCUCGUCUCUCCUCGCAUAUUUUUUUUUUGUCCAGAUAGAAAACCUUUAUAAAACUUCUCGUUCCCUGAAAUAGUUUUGUGAUUGAGUGUACAUCAUUUGUCAUUGUAACAAAGAUAAUAGUAGUGUUUUAUAUUCUAAUUGUUGUUUGAAUUUUAAAACUUUUAUAUAAUAUUACAA